GACCAAGCAAUCAUAGCAACCUUCUUCUACAAAGCUGUAUUCAUUAUUCUGAAUCACAAAAAAUCAGAGAAAAUCCUAUUUGCAAAGCAAAGAAAGGAAGCGAGAGAAAGCAAAAAGACAAGAAGCUCCUCUCUCUCUUUUAUAUUUGCUGUAAACGCAAAAGCACUUCUCUUUGUGCAUGCCAGCCGGCUAAGGUUAGUCAAAGAGUCAGUCUCUCUGAGAAAAACAACCCUAAACCUUUGAUUUACUGCUUCUUCCACCAAUCUGAUUCCUCUCGGCAGCGAUGGCCCUCAUUCACACCUUCAUAGAUCAUUAUGCAUCUCAUUGAAUUGGUAACCAGAAUUGAUGCCAUUGAAGAUGGAGCUCGUUUUCAUUGUUUUGAUAUUGGCUUGUUUGCAGUCUUUUGUAUUGCCUGAUUCUCAAGGUGAUGCCUUGUUUGCACUGAAGAAUUCAUUGAAAGCUUCAUCUGCUCAGCUCACAGAUUGGAACCCAAAUCAAGUUAACCCUUGCACUUGGUCCAAUGUUCAGUGUGACAGUAAUAAUAAUGUUACUCGUGUAACAUUGUCAUCAAUGGGAUUUACUGGAACCUUGUCCCCAAAAAUAGGAAAUUUAAAAUCUCUUUCGGCUCUUACAUUGCCAGGAAAUGGCAUAACUGGUGCGAUUCCAGAAGAGUUUGGAAAUCUGACAAGUUUGACCAAUUUGGAUUUGUCAAAUAAUAGUUUAACUGGUGAAAUACCAUCUUCUCUUGGUCAACUUAAAAAGCUUCAGUUUUUGACUUUGAGUCAAAACAAUCUCGCUGGGACCAUUCCUACAUCACUUUCAAGUAUUCCAAGCUUGAUCAGUCUUAUGCUAAAUUCGAACAAUCUCAGUGGUCAGGUUCCUGAGCAUUUACUCCAAGUUUCAAAAUACAACUUUACAGGAAACAGAUUGAACUGUGGCAACAAUUUCCCUGUACUUUGUGCAUCUAAAAGUGACGAUUCAGGUGCUUUGAGUAAGCCAAAGAUUGGAGUUAUUCUUGGAGUUGUUGGAGGGUGUAUUGUUAUUCUUCUUCUUGGUGGCUUGCUGUUUCUUCUGUGUAAGCAUAGACACAAAAACGACAAGCGUGAAGUUUUCGUAGAUGUUGCAGGUGAAGUUGACCGAAGAAUUGCAUUUGGUCAACUGAGAAGAUUUUCAUGGAGGGAAUUACAGUUAGCUACAGACAACUUCAGUGAGAAAAAUGUUUUAGGACAGGGAGGUUUUGGAAAAGUUUAUAAAGGGGUUCUUUCUGAUAACACAAAAGUUGCUGUGAAACGUUUGACUGACUAUGAGAGUCCUGGGGGAGAUGCAGCUUUCCAGCGUGAAGUUGAGAUGAUAAGUGUAGCUGUUCACCGGAAUCUUUUACGGCUGAUUGGGUUUUGCACAACUCCAACAGAACGCCUUUUAGUUUAUCCCUUCAUGCAGAACUUAAGUGUUGCCUAUCGUCUACGAGAACUUAAACCUGGGGAGCCUGUUUUGGUUUGGCCUAAAAGAAAACAAAUUGCUAUAGGCACAGCUCGUGGCCUAGAGUACCUGCAUGAACAUUGCAAUCCUAAAAUUAUUCAUCGGGAUGUUAAGGCCGCAAAUGUGUUACUCGAUGAAGAUUUUGAAGCAGUUGUUGGUGAUUUUGGCCUCGCAAAAUUGGUUGAUGUGAGAAAGACUAACGUGACAACUCAAGUUCGUGGGACAAUGGGCCACAUAGCACCUGAGUACUUGUCCACUGGGAAGUCAUCCGAGAGGACUGAUGUUUUUGGUUAUGGAAUAAUGCUUUUAGAACUUGUGACAGGUCAAAGAGCAAUUGACUUUUCGCGCUUGGAAGAAGAAGAUGAUGUUUUAUUGCUUGACCAUGUCAAGAAGCUAGAAAGGGAGAAGAGACUGGAUGCUAUUGUAGAUCAUAACCUAAAUAAAAGUUACUUCAUUCAAGAGGUGGAAAUGAUGAUCCAAGUUGCAUUACUUUGUACUCAAUCAUCACCAGACGACCGUCCGGCAAUGUCAGAGGUGGUACGGAUGCUGGAAGGAGAGGGACUGGCUGAGAGGUGGGAAGAAUGGCAGCAUGUUGAGGUUACUCGCAGGCAAGAGUAUGAGAGACUGCAGAGAAGAUUUGACUGGGGAGAAGAUUCGGUGUAUAACCAAGAUGCCAUUGAAUUGUCUGGUGGAAGAUGAGGUGUGCAGCAGAGGCUUAUUCAUUGCAGCAACAGCUUUAGCCCAUUCACGCAUCCUGGCUUUCAUCCAUUCUUCAUGAGCCACCAAAACAUCAGCACCCAUUUUCUCCACUCCAAUGCUAAAACUCUGGUCAGCAAGCAGAUGUGGUGCUGGAUUUUCAAACCCAACCUUCUUCUCCCACUCUUCAAGCUUGAUGUCGCAUUGUGUGUAAUCCAUGCCCGCCAUUGCCAGAGCUUCAAUAGACAUUGCUUCUCCAAUAUACAAUAUAAAUAUAUAAAUAUCUACUUGUGUUUUGUUCAAAAAGAUCUUGCUACAAUGCUACUGCUUCUUUUUACCUCAAAAAAUCAU